AAAAGGGGGUGCGGAAACUAUUGUUUGGUUAAUACUUCGACACCCCAAUAAAAAGCGAUGCGUUCUGGUACGUUAUCAUAUCUUCACUGAGAAAGCAACAAAAUGAAUAACUUAGCGCUUCAACUCUUGCUCGCUGUCGUCGGACUCCUAGUCCUCAUCGAAACCGUGGACGCUUUUCCCGCCCAGCACCAAGUCGGAAAAGCUAUCACAGGCAACUACGACACCGAUGAUCAUUACUAUUAUGAUCACUACUAUUAUGACAAUAAUGCCGAUGAUCAUUACUAUUAUGACAAUAAUGCCGAUGAUCAUUACUAUUAUGACACCAAUGCUGAUGACCAUUACUAUUAUGACAAUAAUGCUGAUGAUCAUUACUAUUAUGACAACAAAGCCAAUGAUCAUUACUAUUAUGACAACAAAGCCGAUGGUUAUUAUUAAGAUCAUUAAUAUUAUGGCACAAAUGCUGAUAAACGUUAUGGAAAUCAAUCAGCAAACCAAGUUUACCGAUUUUCAAUUUAAAUAAACCAUCAUGCAUAUACAU